CCUCCUCCACAAGGAGGGCCGGUGGCACCCCGAGCUAGCCAAUGUUUUAAAUGUGGUGAGGUCGGGCACUUCCGGAGGGAGUGCCCCACCAAUGUAGGGAGGAGGCCUGAAGCAGGUGCUGGUGUGGGUGGGGACCGCCCCCCUCAAUACCGUGGUGGACACCGAGAGGAUAUGGGUCGUGGAGGAUCCAGAUAUAGCGGCAGGGGAGGGGGAGACAACCAGCCACCAAGGAAUGUGCGUACGCUGACGCCUGAUCGCGAUGUUGGGUUGGAGAGACAGAGAACAGACGACAGUCAAGAGGACCUGCAGAGUGUGAAGCCAGAGUUUGGUCAGUCAGGGGAAACCCGUCGCUCCUGCCUUAAGCAUUCCAAGCGGCGUGGUGGAUUCGGAGUGCGUUUCAGGAAUCAACCCAUACCUGAACCCUUUCCUGAGGAGGAGCUGCUGACCAAAGAGGAGGAACCCCCGGUUCCUAUUGAUGAGAUCCUGACUCCAGUAGACCACAGUCUGGAGCUGCAGGAGCCGCCGAGGGAGGAUACGACCUCAGAGUCUGGACCCCCUGGAAACAGCGAGGAUGGAAGUCGGACGCCUUCGAACCCACAGGCAGUCCCUAUGGAGGGGGAGUUGUGUGUUACAGUAAGCCAGCUUUGCCCACGGACUGCAUUUACCAUAAAGCUGAUGAUCCAGGGAGCCCCCAUUGAAGCUGUGGUGGAUACCGGUGCAGAAGUGAGUGUACUUGGGAGGAAGUUCUAUGGCAAUUUGGAGUCAAGGCCCCCCAUUAAGAGACAGGUCACUUUGCUGCAAGCCGGAAGUGGAGCCCAUCUCCAGGGAUUUGUUGCUGGCCCAUUUGACCUUGGUGUGGGCCAGCACACUCAGCAGGUGGAUCUCUAUGUGGCUCCUCUUAAGGACAGGAUGUUGUUGGGAAUGGACAUCCUAUGGGAACACAAAGCUAAGAUGGACCUGGAGCUCGGGGUGAUAAACUUAUGUGGGGAAGAGAUUCAGAUGACCUAUGGUAGAGGUGAGACGGAGAGCGUUGCUCGCAUGACGCUAGUGCGCGAGGUCUGCGUUCGUGCCGGCUCAGCUGUAUUGUGCCCCUUCAAGCUGGACAGGAGCCUGUCUGAAUUCAUGACCAUUCCGGGUAUAGAGAAGUUGUCAGAGGCGUUGCUUAUGCCCCAUACUUACCAUGCUGCUGGAGAUGCCUCUAUGGCUUGCCUGGUGAACGCCUCGGAAAAGGAUAUUACUCUGAAGGAGGGGAGCUUCUUGGGAGAGGCAGUUGAGGCUGAUUUGCAUGUGCCUGCGCCCUACCCUAGGAGAGCGGCCCGGAGUUUAGCUGAGGGUGAGCCUGGGAGAUCCCACCCUAAGGUGCCCGCCCAUUUGCAGGAUCUGCUAGAACGAUCCUCUGCAGAGCUGAGUGAGGAGGAACAGUCCCAGCUCGCUGACUUGUUGUCAGAAUUUCAGGAUGUAUUUGCCCAGAGCGAGUUUGACUUUGGAAACUUUACUGCUCUAGAGCAUGAGAUCGAUACUGGCAGUGCGGCGCCUAUCAAGGAGAGGAUGCGGCGUACACCAGCUUUCUUUGUAGAUGAAGAAGAGGCGCAUCUGAAGAAAAUGCUGGACGCUGGAGUGAUUCAGCCCUCUAUGUCUGAGUGGGCAUCAGCGCCGGUGCUCAUCCGUAAGAAGGAUGGACAAGUCCGAUGGUGCCUGGACUACCGCAGGCUGAACAACGUUACCAGGAAGGAUGUAUUCCCUCUCCCAUUGAUCGACGAGUGUUUAGACACUUUGUCAGGGAACAUUUGGUUCUCUAAGCUGGAUGCAAACUCCGCUUUCCAUCAAGUUAUGAUAAGCCCUAAGGACCGGAAGAAGACUGCCUUCGUCACCCGAUAUGGCCUGUUCGAGUUCCGGCGGAUGGGUUUCGGUUUGUGUAAUGCUCCGGCAACCUUUUCCCGAGCCAUGAACUUAGUUCUGCGGGGGCUUACAUGGAGUAUAGUCCUGGCAUUCCUGGACGAUGCCUUGGUGCUUGGGCGUGACUUUGAGGAUCACCUAGCCAAUCUGAGGACAGUGUUUCAGCGCUUCCGUGAAUACGACUUAAAGUUUAAGCCCAAGAAAUGCGAGCUGUUCCGUAGACGUGUGGAGUUCUUGGGGAGACAGGUGAGCGGGACUGGAGUAGAGAUGGGGGAUGAGUACAUAGAGGCUGUUAAGGACUGGACGACGCCUGCCACGGUGAAGGAUGUUGAGCGGUUCCUCGGCUUUGCCAACUACCACAGGGGAUUCAUUGCCGGCUUUGCCCAGAUUGCCCAACCGUUGUACAGUGUCACCGGGAAGAAACCUUUUGUAUGGGGACCAGAGCAGCGGACUGCAUUUGAGGCCCUCCGGAAAGCUCUCACUUCACCUCCAGUCCUGGCCCUCCCUACUGCGGAGGGCGAGUUUGUACUGGAUACUGACGCAUCAGCGGAGGCGAUAGGUGCUGAGCUCUCACAGGUCCAGGAAGGGCAAGAAAAGCCGAUAGCCUACGGUAGUCUCAGCCUGUCAGCAGAACAGAGGAGGUAUUGCACUACCCGGAAGGAGCUCCUAGCAGUUGCCAGAUUUACGCGAAUGUACAGACAUUACUUGCUUGGUCGUAGAUUCAUCGUUCGCACGGAUCACCAUAGCCUUAUUUGGUUGCUCAACUUCAAGUACCCUCAAGAUCAGCUUGCUCGCUGGCUCGAGGAGCUUAGUCAGUACGAUAUGGUGAUCCAGCAUAGACCGGGUAGGCGCCAUGUGAACGCCGACGCACUGUCCAGACCGCCACCCCCAUCCAGGUGUAGGGGGGUGGAUUUCACCGUUAACCUCAGUGAUUUGCCUUGUGGUGGCUGCCCGAAGUGUACUAGAGCCCACCAGUCCUGGAUGGCUUUUGCCGAAGAAGUUGAUGAUGUGGCCCCUCUAGCUAGGCCUGGUAGUUGGACAUAUUCCCCCUUGUUGGGGGAAGAGUCUAGCCCUACAGAGGAUCAGAGCCCCGUCAUAGGUGACCGAGAAGAAGCCCAGCCCUCUAUCAGCAAGGCAGCACUGGACUAUGUCUCCAAGAAGCUUUUGGGCCGGAUCAGUGAAGACGACUGUGAGGGUCAGAGUAGUUCAGAUGGCCCAUGCCAGUCUCAGAUCCAGAUAAGUCAUUACCCCCAGUUUGCCUGUGUCAUGGGAAUUUCCUCGGAGGGCUUGGUUGGCCCGCCUUCCUUGGUGGGCCUCACCCCCGAGGAGAUGAGCCGUAGCCAGUUAAGUGACCCAGAGCUUAGCCUAAUCUUGGAUUGGCUGCAGGGAGAUGUGGAGCCAGAGGAAGGCAAAUUGUUCCUAGCUAGCCCAGCUGUCAAACAUUACUAUAUCAACAGGGGUUUGUUGCGGUUGGACAACGAUGGGGUCCUUUGGAAAGAAAUAGAUGAGGGGGGAGAGAAAAGGAAAGUUCUGGUCGUCCCCAUAGAGCUGAGGAGAGAGGUUCUGCGACUCUGCCACGAUGUACCGGCGGCUGGACACCAAGGUAUCGAGCGCACCAAGGCACGGCUGAGAGAGCAUUUCUACUGGUACGGGAUGAUGCGGGAGACUGAGAGGUUUGUUAGCACUUGUGGCCCCUGCAGUAGAAAUAAGCGCCCACAGCGCCACGCCAGGGCAGAAAUGAUAAAGUAUCAUGCCGGGGCACCGAUGGAGAGGGUGCACCUCGACUUCCUGGGACCGCUCCCUAAGACGCCGAAGGGGAAUGAGUAUGUCCUAGUAAUGGUGGACCAGUUUACUAAGUGGGUAGAGUGUGUCCCCCUCCCCUCCCAGACAGCUGAGGUUACGGCCACAGCGGCAGUGGACGAAUUCUUUGUUAGGUUCGGCUGCCCCCUUCAGAUAUUUACCGAUCAGGGGCGCAACUUUGAGAGUAAGUUGUUCACUGCUGUGUGCGAUCUCCUGGAAAUACAUAAGGCCCGCACCACCCCCUAUCGUCCGUCUGCCAAUGGACAGGUGGAGCGCUACAACAGGACCCUUAUGGAUGCAGUUAGGUGUUACAUCGAUAAGGCCCAGGACUGUUGGGAUGAACACCUGGCCCAGAUAGCGGGGGCCUUGCGCUCAGCAGUCAACCGUAAUUCGGGGUUCACUGCCAACAAACUCAUGCUGGGUAGAGAGGUCAACACGCCAGCCAGCCUUAUGUACAGGUCCCCCAUGCAGGAGGGCCCUGCGGAUAUUGACACGUAUGUUGGUGCUCUUGAGGACAAAAUACUGACUGCCCACGAGACGGCCAGGAGGCGCUUGCACACCUCUGAGGAGAGGAUGAAAAGAGACUACGACGUCAAGGCCGCCACCCGCCCCUUUGAGGAAGGAGAUAUGGUGUAUGUGUUGGACACUGCGACGGUGAAGGGAAAGUGCCGCAAGCUUAGCCCGUCCUGGAAGGGCCCUGGUAUCAUCAUCAAGAAGCUGACCCCCCACCUGUACCGAGUAAAGACAAAGUCGGCAGUCAUGGUGGCCAAUCACGACCGCUUGAAAAGGUGUGUCGACAGAGACAUCCCCCAAUGGUUAGUUCGGCUAAGGGAGAACUUCGAGAACUCUGGGAGUACCAAGCAGGAGACCGGGAGCGACUUGGCUCCCAGCCCCCCUGCCGGGGCGGGCGCCUGCAAGCUUCCCGAAUCUCUGGACUCCACCCCCAGCCAGCGGCCACGCCGAGGUCGGCCCCCUAAGCGCUCCCCUGCUGCCAGAGGGCCUCCUGACAGUCCUCCCCUGCCCCCCAGACGUCGGGGGCGUCCCUGUAAGCGACCUAACAUAGCCUCACCCACAUGCCCCUCGUCUCCGGACCCCUCUAAUGAGAUUGUGUUUUGUACCUGUCGGCGCCCGGACGACGGGAAGUUGAUGGUACAGUGCGACCAUUGUGAUGAAUGGUUUCACGGUCGGUGUGUGGGUGUCACCUCUGAGGAGGCCUCCACCUUGGAGCAAUUUGUUUGCCCUAAUUGUGUUGGGGGGGUUGUUAAUCGUCUUGUCCUCUUUUUCAGAGAUUCCGAUAGCGACGAUGAUUGCGCCUCCUCCCGCCGGGAGUGGAGGUAUGAAAGGGCGCCGAUGGCAGGCCCCCCUGAGGAGCCGCCAUCGCAGCCUGAUGACGAGGAACCGGGUGCAAGAGGUCCCUCCCAACCCGGAGACGUAGGAGACCUGAUGGCUGGCCCCCCUGCGGAGCCGCCAUCACCGCCUGACGAUGAGGAACAUGGUGCCAGAGGUCCCGCCCACCCAGGAAACGACCCACUUCACCACAGGAGGCGGUCACCUCCCUCUUCCUGUCCCUUCCCCAACUGUCCAGAGAGGACGCACAAGAUGAGGGACCAUGUGACCCUCCAACACCUCCACCCUGUGUUCCGUAGGUCUGUGCCUUUGGGGGACGAGGCCACCUCUAUGAGAUUGAGGGUGUGCGAGUGGCUGACGGAUCAUCUCAUUGGAAGCUGGGCCACCUUGACCGAUCUAGUGCAAAGUGUGCCCACCUUCCAGGUUUUCCGGGAACCUAGUGCAGGUGUUCCAAGGGACUUGAGAGACGCCAUGGACAGUUUGUGCAAUUUUGUGCAGGAGAGCCCGCCCCGCGUUUACCGCCUGUGGGGCGUGCUCCACCCUGCCCUGCUGCUGCACUGGAGGGUGCAGGUAUACCUGGUAGCCCGGUUGAGCCCGGCGUUACGCAGGGCUUACCGGGCCCUGUUUUCGGACGAGACCAUUGCCGGGCACCCUUUGUAUCGCUAUGGGCUGCGGUACCUGGUUGUCCCUCCCGUUCCUGCCCCGACGGUUAGGGGAGUGGUCGUCGACCCACCAGCCGCAAGCAAUGGGGAUGCCACUCCACCCCGACAACUCCUGGGCCAACCUGACCCCCGUCCGGAUGAUGAUGAGGCCAGUCAAAGGAGGGAUGCCCCCCAGGUGGGGGAGGUUCCCAUUCCGGAGCAGAGUGAGAGCUCCCUAGUCCUUUGGGAGCCCUGGCGCCCAGGAGCAGGAGCAAGUUUCGCCCCCAACCCGGAGUACCCUCGUCCCCCUCCUGGAGCCCUGACCGGGGGGUACGUUUUGGCGGAGAUGCCGCGGGGUUACCCUGGAGCUCGCAGGGUGCACAUCCUGAUCCUCCAGGAGUGGUAGGGUGAGCUACCAUCACCCCUACGGGCGGAGGCCAGCUUUAAUAUGGCCUUGGCCGCCCGGCUGAUUUUCAUCCCGGCUGUUGCUGGGAUGGGCGUUGUAGCGCCACCCUGAUUGUGGGUCCCACCUGUAGGUGGGACCAGGUUCCCUUUCAUGUUAUCCCGGCUGUUGCUGGGAUGGGCGUGAUUGCCCCCCUGAAGAUCGGUGGUCCCACCUGUAGGUGGGACUGACUCCCCAGAAAGAAGACGGAGGGGAGUGUGGUGUUCGUGGAACCAUUCCUAGUACGAGCUUCCCAGUAGCCAUGACGUCAGAGGGCGGGAAUCCGCUCGUGCAGGCUAUUCUAGAAGCUGACAGCUACCAGACAAGAUGUAUAGGUGAGUUCGGGGCAACCCACGGUUAUUAUAUAGAU